AUGUCAAAUCUUAGCAGCAAUUCAUUAACACGUAAAAAGUUAAAUUCUAGCCUUGAUUCAUUACAACAAUUAAUUAAAGAUCAUGAUACUGAUUGUUUAGACAGUGCUACGCUUAUUUCAGAUCGGGAAAAUAACGAGAAUAAAGAUCAAGCUGAAGAAUGUUUGGUUACUUCAGAAAAUGAUAAUCAAAAUUUACAUACAUUUAAAUUAAAAAAGUCUGUAACUCAAGAGAAAAAAAAAGAUUUUAGACCGAAUUCUCAUCGAUGUCAGUCAGUUACUGGAUGUAAAGUUAUAAACAGCUGCUUAACAGACCAUAAACAAAUGAAUCGGUAUUCAGACAGAAGUUUUAGUCAUGAUUUAAUAUGUUCAAGAAAUCAAAACAAAUUACCAACAAAAACGUUGUACAGUGAAAGAAAGAACGGACAAAUAAAAAUACUACAGGAAAUCAUUCUGACCGGCAAAGAUUCAAUUACUUAUCUAGUUCUUCAAAACUAUCGUCAAAGUCAAAGAAGAGUAUCUUCAAAAUCAAUCAGUCGAGUUCGUAGUUCAUUGAAAGUACGCAAUAAAAGUUUAGAUAAAAAUGAAUAUAAUCAGAAUGAUAGCAUUAAUCAUCAUAUUCAUCUUGAUCAUCAUGAAAGAAGAUUGCAUAGUUCAAAUAAUCAAAGAACACAAAGAAAUCAAUCUCCAAUUGAAAAUAGAAUAAAUACUAUUAGAGAUUCAGAUUACAAUAGAUCAAUUCAUUCACCAAUUAGUUAUUUUUUAGAUUUCAAUGAUAAACCAGAUUACAAUCAACAUUGUACAAAUCUUCAUUCAGAAUAUUUUCCUAUAAAUAAACAACAUGCAGAUUCACCUACAUAUAUUAAUUCUGAGUAUGCAGAUAAUCUACCUAAACCAUUUCACUCAACAGAGCUGCAAACUGAAAACCAUUCAAAUGAAAAUGGACUACACAACAAGAGUAUUCAUUCACGUCGAAAUAAUUUACAUACUAUUCAUCCGAAUUCUUCAUUUUAUCGAAAUUCAGACUUAUAUUCUGGAUCAUUGGAUAGAUUAAGGAGACGAUGUCAUUCAAUUGAAAGGGAACUAGGUUCAAUUGAAAGAGAUAAAUAUGAACAAGGUUUAAAUAAUCCAAUAUCAGGUGAUCCAAGAGUUGAUGCUCUAACAUCAGCCAAUAGAAUAUUACGUCAAAGAUUACAUGAUAUACAAAAGUUACAAGAAAAUAGAGAACAUGCUUUGAAUAAAGCUCAUGAAAUGGUUAAUGGUUUGUUGAAUAAGCAACAAAAACAAGCCUCAAUAAUUCGUGAAAGUACACGAAACUUUGCACAAACACCGUCAACUUUAUUAACAAAUAAUCACGAUAUUGAUGACGAUCAUAAUAGAAAAAGUUAUAUAACAAAUUUAUACAAACCAGUGAUUAAAGAUGAUUCAUUCAAUUUGCCUACUUAUACACCAACUAAAUAUAGGCAUUACCAUAAUCAACAUCAUUUGCAGUGUCAUCAUGAUGUCAAUCAUAUCACUGAUCAUUAUGACCGAAAUUAUAAUCAGCAUUCACCAUAUAAUCAUUGUUCAAAUCAACGAAAACCAUUUAAUUCUAGAAAUAAUUCAACAAAUUUAUUACUCGAAAAAUUACGUUCAGAUUAUGCAGAUUUAGCAAACAGUGUUUGUCGUAUUGAAGAAAAAGCACGAGAUGCUGCCUCUUCUGUACAGUCAUUAUUAAGACAAUUUCAAAUGGGUCUUAUGGAACCGGUUAAUUUCAGUUCAAUGAAUCAAUUACCGAAUAGUGAUUCUCAUGAGUCAUUUAAUAGAGAGUCUUAUUCAAACGAGUUAUAUGAUAAAUCUGUUAUGCUUAGAUUGCAAAAAGCAAGAGAUACAUUAGAUCAAUUGAAAUCUGAUUCGUUCCGGCCAUCAAUAAACCUCCAAAGACAAGUAGACUAUACUGUACCACUAACAAUAUCAGUAACACCAACGACCAAUUCAUUAUUAUCGUCCUCAAUCCCAGUAAUGACAACAACAUCUGGUACAGUUCCGUCAAAAAUGAAUCAUUAUAAUCUACAUGAACCACAUUUAAAACAUCCUAAUGUGUAUAAUCGUCCUUAUACUAACUCAUUAAGAUCAACUUGGCAUAUUAGUUAA